AGCGGCUCUUCCUCUGAGAUACAAUCUGUGUGUUUCUGCUCUGCUGCCAGGGAGAUACAGAGGCAGCAUUUCCCAUGAAAAACACAGAUCAAAGAGAAUUUCACACCAGUGAUUGUUACAUAAUUUAGUGACUUUUAAGAGAAAAGUCAAACGUAAGACCAAACCAGCUGCAGUGGACUGAUCAAGUGUAAAGCAUGUUCCUUUGGCAAUAUCUGACUCCUCUCUUGCUGAUAACUGUUCAAGUAUGCAAAGCCCAGACAUGUGAUGAAUUCACAGACCUAAGCAUCCAUCACUCGUUCAUUGGAACCAGCCUAAAAACGCGGCUGUUGCUGUACACCAGGCAGAACUCAACCUGCGGCAAACAGCUGUCCCACUCCAACCUGUCCAGUGUCCCCGAGUUCAAUCUGUCCAGACCGACCACCUUCAUCAUUCAUGGAUAUCGGCCCACUGGGUCUCCACCGAUGUGGCUGAAGAACCUCACACAGCUGCUCAUAGCCAGGAAAGACAUGAACGUUGUGGUUGUGGACUGGAACUAUGGAGCUGCUAAUGUCAACUACUUGAAGUCUGUGGAGAACACACGCAAGGCAGCAGACAAUCUCACGACUUUCAUUGAAUUGAUGCAGGAAAAUGGUGCAUCUCUGAGUUCCAUCCAUAUGAUUGGAGUCAGUCUUGGUGCUCACAUAUCAGGCUUUGUAGGCGCAAAGCUGAAUGGGACAGUUGGAAGAAUCACAGCUCUGGAUCCUGCUGGCCCCAUGUUCACCGGCCGCCCCACAGACGACCGGCUGGACCCCACAGAUGCUCAGUUUGUGGAUGUUUUACACACAGACAUAGACGCACUGGGCUUCAGAAAGCCGCUAGGUCACAUUGAUUUCUUUGCCAAUGGAGGAACAGACCAACCCGGCUGCCCAAGGACCAUCUUCUCUGGAGGAGCCUAUUUCAAAUGUGACCACCAGAGAUCAGUGCUGCUCUUCAUAGAGUCUCUGAACAGGACGUGUGAGAGCCGGGCACUCCCCUGCUCCUCCUACAAAGACUUCUUGGACGGCCGCUGCAUGGACUGUCAUCAGUUUGGUGCUGCUGGAUGCCCUGUCUUUGGUUAUGAUGUCACAGAUUGGCAAGACGUCCUGGUCGGCCUGCACCAAACCAUGGCUUACUUCAACACCAAUGAAAAGUCUCCAUUCUGCAGGGAAAACUACAGGCUGGAUAUUGUGAUAUGGAAUCAGGACACACACUGGGGCUACAUCACCAUUAAACUGCACGGUCAUGGUAAAGAGGCAGUGGCAACGAUCAACCAUAAAGCAUCAAAGUUCAGAAGGUACACAGAGACUCAGCUGUUGGCCCAGUUCGACAAAGACAUUCCCUCGGUGAAAAAGAUCUCGAUCAAGUUCUCCACUGGGAAUGCACUCAAGCAAAAAUAUAAGCUGCGUGUUCUUCGCCUCCGUCUCACACAUCUGGAACAAAAACACAGGCCUCUUUGUCGGUACGACAUCCUUCUAGAGGAGAACACAGAGACGACCUUCAGGCCCAUUCCCUGCGAAGACUCCAACUUCUGAGGCAAACUCAGACACACUCAGCAACAUUUCACUCGCCUGGCAGGAUAAAGAUUCAGCAGACACUUCAGUUGCUCCAGGAUGUUGGAGGAAAAGUAUGAGGACUGAGGGAAUCAGUAUGUCAAGGAACAAACUUCAUAUUUAAGUAUUUAUUAUUCAAAUGUGACCAUUUGUGGUGUGACAAUGGAAUGUGCCGACUGGUAAUGUCAUGCUCAAAAGUAAUUGCCACUUUUUUCUCAAUAGACAUUUUGCUCCGAUACAGAAUUUAUGUGUAUUGCUCUUGUAGGGCAAAAUGAGAUAAUUUCAUCUUAAUUCAUGUAUUUGAACAUGACUGAAUUUCCCUCAAAGCUAUAUAUAUAUAUAUAUAAAAAAAAAAAAAAACAAACUCGAGAUAUUGUUAUCAUAGAUGCAAUGACGGCUAGGCCGGUUUUAAAAAUAUGAAUAACAAUAUGCUACCAUUUUAUAACUGUGAGCCCUCACUCUUACGAAAAACCUGUAAUGUUCAGAAAUAUUGUUAACUUUGAAAUUGUCACCGUAAACCAGCAAACAUAUCAGUAUUUCUUUUAUU